CUAGCAGUGAGUGACAACAGUGGAGAAGGAAAAUGGCUGCACCCAUAACAGCACCGCCAGAGAACACCAUGGAAGUGACAGAUUACUUUGUAAAACCUGCUUACUCAACCAGACAAAGUACGGAAUCUUUCUCAGCAGAUUCGGAGGAACUACAAGACUAUGUAGUGAAUUUUCUGGACAAACAAGUUGGCAGCGAAACGCAAUUCCUGACGAAUGUUGGGGACCUGCUGGAAAACCUGACAGCGGAGAACAGCGCACUGGAAGAGCAGGUUUUGACUGUAUCCAGUUCUGUGCCUCCUAAAGUUUCUGAAGCACUGUCUGCUGCAGAGGGUUGCAGAUCUUCCCUGGAGGACCUGCUGCAGAGAGAGCAACUUAUUUUCAACAUGCUACAUCAGCACCGACAGGUGGCUCAGCCUUGGAUGGAUAAUCUUCGCCAGACAUGUAACCAAGUCGACACUAUAGAGAGACACAUGAAAUAUCUGCGGUGCCUUCAACAUAUAGAGGAACUCAGUGCUGCAGUCCAGCAGUGUCUAAUGACCAGCAGUAUCCAGGAAGCCAUAAAGGCAGUAGACAGCAUGGCAGUGCUGGACUGUGGACUAAACCAGUCCGGAUGUUCCCACCUCCAAAACUUCCUCCGAGAAACACUUUGCUUCUGGCAUAAGAUCAUCAAGGAUCGACUGGCCAGUGAUUUUGAGAAAAUAUUGGCGCAACUUCAUUGGCCGAUCAUCUCCCCUCCUACUCAGUCACCGAUACCAGCUGCCAAUUAUCAGGAGAUCAGCAGCCAACUGGAGCUGCUUGUCACACAGCUGCUUGCCUUGCAGACCUCUGAUGACAUCAUAUCACAGAGGGCUUUGGCCUCAUGUCAAGGUCUACCCUCAACCCAGCUUGUGUCUUCAGCCACAUGUCUGUUGCAAGCUCCUCCCCUCUGCCUGCCCAUCCAGAUCAUGCUGCUGCCACUCAGGAGGAGGUUCAAAUACCACUUCUAUGGAAAUCGACAGACAAAUUCCCUCAGCAAGCCCGAGUGGUACCUCACGCAGGUUCUCAUGUGGAUGGGGAACAAUUCAGCUUUCAUGGAAGAAAAGAUCCAACCUAUCUUGGACCGAGCGGAGGCGAGCUUCAGUGCCAGGGUGGAGUUGUGUCGUGGCUUGUUGUCUCUAGUCCAGGAGAAGGUGGCCAGCGAUGCUUCCAGGCUGUUGUAUGAUGAUGUGCUCUUCUGUCACUUGGUGGAGGAGGUGCUUCAAUUUGAGAAGGAGCUACGAAGCAACCAUUUGUACCCAGCAGUGCUGCCUGGUCUGCUUCACCUCCUGCUUGAGGAUGCGGUCCUUCAGAAAUGGCUCACUGUGGAAAAGAAGAUGGCAGUGGAAAAAAUGGAUGCCAUGCUGUCAGCUGAGGGAGCCUGGAGCUCUCAGUAUAAAGAUAUCAGUGAUAUGGAUGAGCUGAAGGCUCCUGAUUGUGCUGAGACAUUCAUGACUCUGCUUCAGGUCAUCACUGAGCGGUACCGGGCCUUACCCUGUCCUUCUGCGCAAUUGAAGUUUUUGGAGCUGCAGAGAGAACUCGUGGAUGACUUCCGCAUACGACUCACACAGGUGAUGAAGGAGGAGUCUCGCUGCCCACUGGGUGUCCGCUACUGUGCCAUCCUUAAUGCUGUCAACUACAUUUCCACCAUCUUGGGAGACUGGGCAGACAAUGUGUUUUUCCUACAGCUGCAGCAGGCUGCAGUUUCACAUGGUGAGGAGAUGGUGCUGAGAGGCCAAGGUACGAUGGAAGUGGGACGCCUGGCUUCACUGGAAGGUUCUCUGUUUGAUGGUCUUUUGGCAUUGCUGGAUCGAUUGAAAGGAGACAUGUUGGGAAGGCUGCUGGAAUGGACCAUGAGAGAAAUCACAGAAAAAGCCAAACCAUACUGCCAAGAUAGAUGGUUGUCCCUGCCAUCCCAGCAUGACCAGUCUACCAUGACCCUGUCCAGUACAGCAUGUCCCAUGAUGUUAUGUGUGAGGGACAGAUUGUUGAACCUUCAUAAUGUUCUGAGUCUCUCACUGUUCCAACUGGCUUGGCAGGGUCUGGCGGAGAGACUUGACAACUUUCUGUACCAAAAUGUGAUCCUGUGCAAUCAUUUCAGUGAUGGUGGGGCAGCUCAGCUUCAGUUCGACAUGACCAGAAACCUGUUUCCUCUCUUUGGCCACUACUGCAAAAGACCUGAAAACUUCUUUAAGCAUGUUAAAGAAGCAUGUCUCAUCUUGUGUCUUAAUGUGGGCUCCGCUAUUCUACUAAGGACUCUACUUAACGAGUCAGAAGAGGAGAUGAGAGAUUGGACAGGUGCAGGGGACCCUUCACCAGAGGCUGCACUGAAUGAGUUAGGGGUUUACUGUCUGGCGCCCUGUGAUGUGUUGAUUCUCCUCAGUCUCAGGACCUCAUGGCCUGGACAAUAACACCCCCUGGUGGCGGUAGUAUUGCUGUGGCAUGUACAUCAGAAUAGCUACUGGACAAAUUUUCCUUCCUACAUUUUUGUCAUUGGCUUUAAUGGCCCAAUCUGUUAAACAUCUAUUUUUAUUGUAUUUUGUGGUUGUUAUGUGUUUCCAGGUGUAAAUUAAAAGCUGUUCAGAUAAUACGAUUACUUCUGCCAUCCCGUAACGGAAGCUGUGCUGUAAAUUCAGCAGUAUUUCCAUGUCAAAUCAUCACUCAAAGAAAGUUAGAAGUGAUACAAUGUCCUGGUCCAACACUCAUAUUUAUGUUUGUCAAUCACAGAUGCAAAGAGCAUUUUCUUCCUAAAGGGGAUGGGAACAGCUAUAGGUCAUGGUUUUUAGAACUACUGACACUGCAACAGCUCAUACAAAACAGUGCCUAAACACGGAUUUUACAGUCAUGAUGAAAUGAACAAUCUUUGCAGUAUGUUCUGUGAGUUUUUCAUAUGAUGUUCAGUCAGUUAAUGGUCCAGCAUUUUCAUAUGUACCAUUAUGUUUGCAUCAUUUCUGUGGACUUACUGUGACCUGAGUUGACUAAACUAUACCACCAGUAUGCUUUUUGUUCUUAUGUAAAUGACAUCUGCCCAGUAUGCUAACUAAUUAAACAUGAAAAUUAAAUAAGAGAACUUAAUUCAUCCAGAUUUUUUUAUAAAUAUACAGUAUCCAUGCAGCAUACAUAGUUUAAAAUGCAUUUGAAUACAUUAUACCUAGUAAAUAGAAGUAAGAGAUGUAGCCUAAUAGAUCUGACACACACAGAUUUUCACAAGUUAUUUCACUUGAAUAAUGAGUCUGUUAUUAUUAUAACUGUUAUUCAGUUGAUACACUUAAAUUCCGAAUAAAGUUUUAAGGUGCCCUUAAAAACUGAAUUUCUAUUGACUUUAAGUGUUGCUCACCAGAACACAUUGUAUCCACACAGCCCAACAGAGGGGUGAUGUGCUUACAUAACACUGUUAAUAUCUACAGCACUGGUUAAGGCAAUAAUUGAACUUACAGCAUACACACAAACACAUUCUGUUUGUACACACCUUACAGUCAACAUGGCUGAGAUAUCUGAGAUGCCAUCCUGUUUGUGUGCUAUUUUAGAAAUCUGCCAAAAACUUGUUUCAAACUAAAAAUGAUUUUAUUAGGCAAAUAACAAACUGAAACAACUAAUAGUCGACAGUCUCUUGUUAUUGAGUUCCAGAUAGUUUCUAGCUGUUCCCAAAGACUUGCUUUGGAUGAAACUUUUGAAUUCAAUAAAUCCCACAUCUGUUCAAUGGA